AUGGACCAGUGGUCCGAGAAUGCCAAAGCUGCAUGGGGUUACCUUCAGAGAAAACCUGCCCUCUGGGAGGCUUGGAAAUGUAAAUGGGAUGAUGAAAUCAGUGCGCAGGGCCUGUGGUGUGUUGGUGACAACAACACGUGUUCUCUCUUCAGGGGCCUUCAGAAGGAGGAACUGGUCCUUCUGACUCACGGAGACAGUGUGGAUAAAGUGGCUGAAGGCUUUAAGGUGGUGGCCCAAUCCGGGAACAUCAUUGCUGGGAUUGCUAACGAACAGAAGAAGCUGUACGGGACACAGUUUCACCCUGAGGUCGACUUGACGGAGAGAGGCAUCGAAAUGCUCCGUAACUUCCUGUUUGAGAUCGCAGGAUGCACGAGUAACUUUACCGUACAAAACCGCCAAGAAGUUUGCAUCAACGACAUCAAAGAGAAAGUGGGCAAAUCUAAAGUGCUGGUGCUGCUGAGCGGUGGGGUCGACUCGACAGUUUGCACAGCUCUCCUGAACAAAGCUCUGGACCAGGAGCAGGUGAUCGCAGUUCACAUCGACAACGGCUUCAUGAGGAAGAGGGAGAGUCAGAGCGUGGAGGAGGCCCUCACCAAGCUGGGCAUCAAACUCAAAGUGGUAAACGCUGCUCACACCUUCUACAACGGAACGACAACCCUCCCCAUCUCUGAGGAGGACCGGACGCCACGAAAACGUAUCAGCAAGACUCUGAAUAUGACUACCAACCCUGAAGAGAAAAGAAAGAUUAUCGGAGAUACAUUUGUCAAAGUUGCCAAUGAAGUGAUCGGAGAGAUGAAUCUGAAGCCAGAGGAGGUCUUCCUGGCCCAGGGUACCCUGCGGCCGGAUCUCAUCGAGAGCGCUUCUCAUCUCGCCAGCGGGAAGGCGCAGGUCAUCAAAACGCACCACAACGACACCGAGCUCAUCCGCAAACUCCGAGAUGAGGUGACGGACCAGUCCCACAUCAUGUUCACGAACUCGAUCCAUAACAACGAGUCUCAGGUGAUCACCAGGAACUACGUUAACAUCACCUUCAGCUGCAGAUACCCCGUCCAGUACCUGGUGCAGCAGCCGGGGGGGGGCCACGGGGUGCACGUGCACCUCAGGCCUGGUGGUGGAGGGGGCCUGGUGGUGGAGAGGGCCUGGAGAGGGCCUGGUGGUGGAGGGGGCCUGGUGGUGGAGAGGGCCUGGUGGUGGAUGGGGCCUGGUGGUGGAGAGGGCCUGGUGGUGGAGAGGGCCUGGUGGUGGAGAGGGCCUGGUGGUGGAGAGGGCCAAAAAUGA